CCUCUCUAAUAGUCUUUCUACUUCACUAUGUCCAGCAAACAAAGCAUAACCUCCGCCCUCGUAAUUGGCGGCUGUGGUAAUCUCGGCCACAAUGUCGUCAAGCAACUCCUGAAGCUAGAGCCUCAACCAAAAGUAUCCGUUUUUGAUUUAAGAACCACGCAGAACCGCCAGCCGGGCGUGGAAUAUUACGAUGUGGAUAUCACAAACAAGAGCCAGGUUGAUGCGGCGAUGAGCAAAGCUCGGCCGCAGGUCGUUUUCCACACCGCAUCCCCUCCGCCGGCAUUGUCUGAUCUUCCGCUUUAUUUGAAGGUCAACGUGGAAGGGACGCGGACUUUAGUGAAGAGCGCGAAAGAGCACGGCACAAAAGCCUUCGUCUACACCUCCAGCGCCUCGGUCGUCCACGACUCCUUCCACGACCUAAUCGAAGCCGACGACAACAGCCCCCUGCUGUACAUGCCUGUCCAGCGCGAAAUGUACUCGCACACCAAAGCCCUAGCCGACCAGCUCGUGCUCGACAGCAAUGCCCCCGGCACCAUGCUGACGGCCUGCAUCCGGCCCUCCGGCAUCUUUGGCGAGCGCGACCCGUCAGCCCAGCGCUUUGCCGACAGUGCCAAGGCCGGGAAGUUGAAGGUCCAAAUCGGCAACGGGCAGAACCUAUUCGAUUGGACGUUCAACGAGAACGUUAUUCAUGCGCAUUUCCUUGCCGCGCAGAAGCUGCUAGAGAGCUUCGAGAAGGAGCCCCCGCCUGAACUGCGCGUUGGUGGAGAGGGGUUCUUAAUUACUAAUGACCAGCACAUCACGUUCUGGGAGUUUGCGCGACAGAUUGGGGAUGCGGCGGGCUAUCCAACAGACAGGGAAAAAGUGCGGAGUCUCCCGAGGGGCUUGAUGCUUGGGUUGGCCAUUGCGACUGAGUGGUGGAUUUGGCUCUCGAGCUUUGGACGCAAGACUUCAUCGAUGGAAAGCUUGGCCAUUCGGUAUAGUACCAUGACAAGGACGUAUAACAUCGCCAAGGCGAAAAGGGUACUGGGAUAUAAGCCGAUAGUUAGCUUGCCAGAUGCAAUCAGGAGGGCAGGAGGUUCGUUCAAGGAGGAAAAGAAGACAGUAUAGCUAUGACAGACUGAUGUUUGUACCUCAAUUGCACAAUUCUUGACACUGCCGGUAA